AUGGCCAAUUCCAAAUAUGAAUACGUCAAGGCGUUUGAAAGAGAAAACUAUUUGUUGCCCGAGACCUACAUAGUCAUUCGAGUCGAUGGCAAGGGGUUCCACAAGUUUUCGCAGCACUACAACUUUGCCAAACCAAACGACUUGCAAGCAUUGCAAGUGAUGAAUGCUGCGGCGUUGGAAAUAAUGAAAAGAUACAGCGACGUCCAGUUGGCGUAUGGGGAUUCGGACGAGUACAGCUUUCUACUUCGGCGGAAAUGCGACUUGUACGAGCGACGCGAGAUGAAGUUGUGCACGCUCUUUGCCAGCUUGAUGGCGACUUUCUACACAUUGUUCUGGAACAAAGCACAUCCCGAGCGGCCGAUUGAGUUGGAGCAAGUGCCGACGUUUGACGCCAGAGCCGUGUCAUACCCCAGUUUCGAAAUAGUGCGAGACUACUUUAGUUGGCGUCAAGUGGACUGCCAUAUUAACAAUUUGUACAACACCACCUUCUGGGGCUUGGUUAAGAAGGGAAUGACGCCACAGGAAGCGGAGCAGAGACUACUGGGUACAGUGUCGUCGGAUAAAAAUGAGAUUCUAUUCAAGGACUGCGGCGUGAACUACAACAAUGAGCCUGAAAUUUACAAGAAAGGCACGAUACUAGUGCGUGAGUUUGACGAGUACAAGCUGGAAGCAACACCCGUAACAGCAGUAAGCUCUCGGCAGAGGCAGAAGCAAGACAAGCUAAGAAGGAAAGCAAGAAUCGAGAAAGUACAUGUAGAUAUCAUAAAUAACAAUCCGUGGUGGGAUGCUCGACCGUGGUUACGAGAAUAA